AUGAAAGACAUCCAAAUUUAUUGCCUUAUGAUAGCUAACUUUCAGCUCUUAUUGCUCUCAUUAAGUCGUGCCAGGAAAGAUUGUGGAUUAACGGCUACUUUAGCGCAGUUAAGAUCUAACUAUUACAUCAUAAAGGCGCGAAAAUUGACGAAGAAAAUAUUGAAUAAUUGUCUAAUUUGCAAAAGAGACAAAGUUAAGGCAUUUUUGGAAAGAACUGCUCCACUUCCUGCUGAUAGAAUGAACAUGUGCGCAGCAUUUGAUGUUACCGGUAUAGAAUUUGCCGGACCCCAGUUUAUCAAAGAACUUGGUUCUUCCAAAAAGGCCUGCAUUUGUUUAUUUACCUGGGUUUCAGUUCGAUCAAUUCAUUUGGAACUUGUAUCUGAUUUAACAACUCAAACUUUUAUAUUGGCUUUCAAGAGAUUUAUUGGCAGUAGAGGACUUUGCAGAACUGUUUAUUCCGAUAAUGCUGCUACAUUUAAAAAGGCCGAUAAAGAAUUGCAGCGAUGGUUAAACAAGAAAUCUGAAUUACAGGAAUAUUUUAGCUCUCAAAAGAUCGAAUGGAAAUAUAUUGCUCCCCUUGCCUCCCGGUGGAGGGAUAUUGGGAGCGAAUGGUGA